UCGCACUUUCGCCGAAUUUCGCUGUGCAACUUGCAACGGUUAAGCAUAGCAUCCCGAGCACAAUGACGGAUACAACGAAGCCCAAAGUCAUCAUAACAGGAGCCUCCGGGCUUCUCGGUCGAGCUGUCUUCAAUUGUUUUCAGAACGCUGGUUUCGAUGUUAUUGGGACAGCAUUUUCUCGGUCAGGAGAGAAGUUAGUGAAGCUGAACCUCACGGACUUUGAUGCCGUCAAACAAUUCAUCGCGAAGGAGAAGCCGGCAACUAUCAUCCACUGCGCUGCCGAGAGACGGCCAGAUGUGGCCGCAAAAGACACGGAGGGCGCCAGGAAGUUGAACAUCGCGGCCACGGAAAACAUCGCCCAAGCCGCCAAGGAAGCCGGCAGCUGGCUUGUCUACAUCUCCACCGAUUAUGUGUUCGAUGGGAACAACCCGCCUUACGAGGUUGAUGCCAAAGUCAAUCCUUUGAACUUUUAUGGUCAGACAAAGUACGAGGGAGAAGUGACGCUGUCGAAAACGUACCCGGAGGCCGCCAUUCUCCGGGUGCCUAUUCUGUACGGACCCACUGAGUACGAUAGCGAGUCGGCGGUCAACAUCCUUCUGGAAAUCAUUAAGAACACUGCAAAGACUGUCGAUAUGGAUGAUUUCCAAGCUCGGUAUCCUACGAAUGUUGAGGAUAUUGCGAAGGUGUUGCGACAGAUGACCGAGCGCGCGGUAUUCAAGAAAGAGGCGCUCAGUGGUGUAUUCCACUACAGUGCUCCGGAGAAAAUGACGAAGUAUCAGAUAUGCGCCGUCUUCGCUAACAUUCUGAGCCUUCCGAUCGAUCACCUAAAACCGAUCCGAGAAGCACCGAAGGAACCCGUCGCAACUCGACCUAAUGAUGCCCAUCUCGCAACUACAAGGCUGGAGACUUUGGGAUUCGAUCUCACGGCUGUCAAGUUUGAAGAUUGGUUUCGCACGUAUUUACGUCAAUGAGUUCGGCGUAUGGCGGCGAAUGAAUAGGGACUCCAAAAAUAUAAAUAGCGCGAUCGGACUACGGAUGCUGCGUAGACUACGAUCAAACAGUGGAACUUUUCGCCGUGUCCCCGAGAUGAGCUCAUAGAACGUUGGGUGGUAGAAGCCCGAGUAUGUAGUUUCCAAGCUAUUACUGUGCGGCGUUCUGUUUCGCAAGGUUGUUUUGGAGAUGCUGCCGUAUCGUUGCAAGAGGGUUCCCUUUGAACGUUGGAUGCUGAAUGACUUUCUGUAAUCGAAUGAUUUCGUUCACCC